AAGAAAGAGACAAAAACAAAACAUUAACUACAGAAUUUGAACAAAUAGAACACUUCACCUGAACCUAAGAUGGUGAGCGAGAGUCAUCAUGAGGCCCUGGCAGCCCCGCCAGUCACGACAGUUGCGACUGUUCUAGCAAAUAAUGCCACAGAGCCAGCCAGUCCUGGAGAAGGAAAGGAAGAUGCAUUUUCUAAGCUGAAGGAGAAGUUUAUGAAUGAGUUGCAUAAAAUUCCAUUGCCACCGUGGGCCUUAAUUGCCAUAGCCAUAGUUGCAGUUCUUUUAGUCCUGACCUGCUGCUUUUGUAUCUGUAAGAAAUGUUUGUUCAAAAAGAAAAACAAGAAGAAGGGAAAGGAAAAGGGAGGGAAGAAUGCCAUUAACAUGAAAGAUGUGAAAGACUUAGGGAAGACCAUGAAAGAUCAGGCUCUUAAGGACGAUGAUGCUGAAACUGGAUUGACUGACGGGGAAGAAAAAGAGGAACCCAAAGAAGAGGAGAAACUGGGAAAGCUUCAGUAUUCACUGGAUUAUGAUUUCCAGAACAACCAGCUGCUGGUAGGGAUCAUCCAGGCUGCCGAGCUGCCCGCCUUAGACAUGGGGGGUACAUCUGAUCCCUAUGUGAAAGUGUUCCUGCUGCCUGAUAAAAAGAAGAAAUUUGAGACAAAAGUCCACCGAAAGACCCUUAAUCCUGUCUUCAACGAGCAAUUUACUUUCAAGGUACCAUACUCGGAAUUAGGUGGCAAAACUCUGGUGAUGGCUGUGUAUGAUUUUGACCGUUUCUCCAAGCAUGAUAUCAUUGGGGAAUUUAAAGUCCCCAUGAACACAGUGGAUUUUGGUCAUGUAACUGAGGAGUGGCGUGAUCUGCAAAGCGCUGAGAAGGAAGAGCAAGAGAAACUGGGUGAUAUCUGCUUCUCCCUUCGCUAUGUGCCUACUGCUGGUAAACUGACUGUCGUCAUUCUGGAGGCCAAGAACCUGAAGAAGAUGGAUGUGGGUGGCUUAUCUGAUCCUUAUGUGAAGAUUCAUCUGAUGCAGAAUGGCAAGAGGCUGAAGAAGAAAAAGACAACAAUUAAAAAGAACACACUUAAUCCCUACUACAAUGAGUCAUUCAGCUUUGAAGUACCUUUUGAGCAAAUCCAGAAAGUACAAGUGGUGGUAACUGUUUUGGACUAUGACAAGAUUGGCAAGAACGAUGCCAUCGGCAAAGUCUUUGUGGGCUACAACAGCACUGGCGCGGAGCUGCGACAUUGGUCAGACAUGCUGGCCAACCCCAGGCGACCCAUUGCCCAGUGGCACACUCUGCAGGUAGAGGAGGAAGUUGAUGCCAUGCUGGCAAUCAAGAAGUAAGGGAAAGAAGAAGCCUUUCUGAGUCUGCCCACAUAGUGCUCUUUAGCCAGUAUCUGUAAAUACCUCAGUAAUAUGGGUCCUUUCAUUUUUCCAGCCAUGCAUUCCUAACACAAUUCAGUGGUACUUCAAAUCCUGUUUUAAUUUGCACAAAUUUAAAUGUAGAGUCCCUAAGCCUUUCAUCAUAUCACUGCCCUCCAAAUCUACUCUUCUUUUAAGCAAUAUGAUGUGUAGAUAGAGCAUGACUGAAAUUAUUUAUUGUAUCACACCGUUGUAUAUACCAGUAUGCUAAAGAUUUAUUUCUUGUUUGUGUAUUUGUAUGUUGUGUUUCCUAAUCUGUGUAUAUCUAGAUGUUUUUAAUAAGAUGUUCUAUUUUAAACUAUGUAAAUUGACCGAGAUAUAGGAGAGCUGAAAAUAUAUUAUAUGGUAAAUAUAGUAUCGUCUGCAUUCCAGCAAAAAUAUCAACUUGUAAGGCACUAGCACAGUUCAACUGACAUCUUAAAGGACAACUUAAACCUGAGCUUUCAGUUGAAUCAUUUGAGUACCAAGAUGUGCUUACACCACAUGUUUGGUGGGUGAAUCCAAUUUUGUAGAAUUCCUUCACAGGCAAAUUAGCAUGAUCUGAGAAGCAUCUGGGCUGACCUCAAGGAAGCAAAGCCACAAACCAGAACAGCAUCUGUCUGUACAUAUAUACAAAGCUAAAACCAUGGCUUCACUCUAACAUUUGAGGAAGCAAUCUAAUGGGAGGCAAUGAUUUCAUAUUAUUGCAUAUAGAAUAACAGGAUGAUGGUGUUCUCUGUGUGUGUAUGUAUGUGUGUGUAUAGGCGUGUGUGUGCACGCACACGUGUGCGUAUAUCUGCAUUUGUUUGGGGAUAGGGGGUGGGUGGAAAGAAGCUAAGGGGAGAAGUCAGCAUUUCUGAAAUAUUGCCUGACUGUUAAAAAAGAAAAAAAGUAGCUCUCCGUUAUCACCUUUAUACAAAACAUGCAUCCUGUGAAUUUCUGGUCCAGAUUUCACACUGAUACAAAUUCUAAAAGGUUUGCACGUUAGACUUUAUAACAAAAUAUUUUAUUAUACAAAACCAGAUUAGAAGGAAUGCAGAAUAUUUUUAACACAGCAAUCUGUGCUUAUUACACAAAAUUACUUUGUGGUAAACAGUAUUGUAAUCCCAUCAAAAGAUGAAAAAAAAAAAUUAGCCAUAGUUCUGAAUGCACUUCAAUUAAGCCAAAACAGACAGCUAGUGAUCUUUUUAUAUGCUCUUUUUACUUCAAUAAGUUUUAAUUUGUCCUUUAAAAAAAAGGUGAAACAAAACCAAGAACAAGUUCUAGAAAACUGAAGCAACCUCUUAUGUAUAUUAGAUGCUUGAUUUAGGAGGAGUUUUUAAAUGUUUUCAAUGUUAUUCUGUAGUAAAUGGCACUAUUAUGAAGCUACUAGUCAUUCCAUAAGAGUCUUAAAGGACUGCUCUGUGUAACACUGUGACGCUGUGUGUGCUUAGAAACCUAGUUUCCUCAGUGGAUAGCACUCAAUUUAUUCCGUAGUGAUCUUGUAACAAUACUGCCAUUCCCUCUAAUGCACUGCCCAAUGUGUGUAGCACAAACAGUUCUCGUUACAAAGGACCAAUUCAGAACUGAAAAGCUAUGCAUAGGACAAGAAAGAUACAUAGAAUGGGGUGGAACACACAGCAUUUUUGUCAAGCACUGUGCGAUAUGCCAUAUUUUUCCCCACUAUGGUAGGCAACCACUUUAUGAAAGGGCAGCCUAUUAUACACCACACCACAUCUAGUCUUUUUUUUCCCGCUUGCUUCUCUGACACACUUUAACUCCUAGGGCAGAGAGUGGUGAUGCUUUGAAGGGAAAGUUUAUCUUCACAAACACCAGAACAAAAUGGAGGGAAACUAAGCAUUGGUCUCCUGUUCAGACUUUAGGAUAUCACGCCACAUUUUUUAAAAACUCAAAGAGAAUUAAAAAAGGGCUGACAGUAGGCUUCGAAUACGGGGUUGGCUGUUUCCUGAUAAAACAAGAAUUCCUGUCAUUAUUCUUUCCUCAUCAAAGAAGAGGCAAGCCCUUUGGUCUUUUGGCCCAGUUGUGGCAAAUUCUUUAGAACUGGGACACAUACAAAGAACAAAGGUGAAUAACAUCUCCCUCUUCUGUCGAGGAUCCAUACUUUUUUCAAACGUAGAUAAUAGGAAAUGCACAAGUCAUAGUGUGAGAUUAAAUAUCAGUUUUAACAGAAAAAUUCAAACAAGAUUCUUUCCAGUUUAAAGGACCAGACCCUACCAAAGAGAGGGACUUGACUAACUUUUCAAAAGUCCUUAAAUAUCAGAAACUGAAAUUUAAUUUCACCAUAUUCAGCUUUAAGUUGUCCACACUGAUACACCACUUUUAAACAAGCAGGGUGAAGCUGCCGAAUACACAUUAUUUCUUGCAUCAAAGCACUAUUAAUGCAUUCUCUUGCAACACUGCCAAACCUGGGAUUGUCACCAUCGACUUAGUUGUUAGUAUGCUAUCUUUCAUGAGUCAGUGACUGAACCUGCUGUAUGACCAAGAUUCAUCCUCAGAUGAGUCCCAUGUACCUUUCUGACAAAGCUGUGUGAAGUAUUAGCAUCUGACGCUCUAGAAAGAUCCUAGUUGCCUUUGUGUAUAUUUACUGCCUGCUUGAGUGUUUCUAUGUGUGGAUUUUCUCUGUAUCUUGUAGAAAUGUUGGGGUGUUUUCUUCUGCCAUAUGGCUCGUGGCCCGCGAGCCAACUACUUUAGCUGUAUUUUACCUUCAUUUUUGAUGAGGUGGUUUAAAUUUCGUUUCACUUCGUGUAGUGAAUUCCACAGUAGUUUUCUGAUUGUUGUUAAAAAUGACUUAACAUAUUACACGGAUAUUCAAUAAAAUGUUUUAUUUCCGGUUGA